AUGACUCAACCUUAUCAGCGUGAAAAAGUUAACAUUUUGGUGACAGGAACACCAGGUGUUGGCAAAACUACAUUUUGUGAAAAAUUAGGUAAAGACCUAGGAUUUGAUGUCAUAAAUAUCGGGGAGAUAGUUAAAGAAAAUCAACUAUAUUCGAGUUUUGAUAAUGAAUAUAAAUCGUACAUUCUUGAUGAAGAUAAGUUACUUGAUUUUAUUGAGGAUGAAAUGAAUUCAAAAAAAGGAGGUAUAAUUGUGGAUCACCAUGGUUGUGAUUUCUUUCCAGAACGUUAUUUUAAUAUCAUUAUUGUAUUGCGUUGUAAUAAUACACUUUUAUUUGAACGUCUUGAAAAACGUGGCUAUUCAGAAAAAAAGAUAACAGAAAAUAUUGAAUGUGAGAUAUUUGGAACAAUAUUAGAAGAGGCAAAAGAAAGUUAUGCUGAACAUCGUGUUUUUGAGCUUAUUAAUGAAACAGAGGAACAACAAGCAGAAAAUUUGCAAAAAGUCAAGAAUCUAAUUUCAAAAUGGGAAGAAGAAAAAUAA